UCUGUAUGUGCUCGGAAGUGGAAAAGAGGAGUUUUCGCCACUCACUUCGUUUCCCAUUCCAAAUCAUAUCUGUUUCUACAGAGAAGAACAGACUAUGGAGGCCAACGAAUUUGAAUUUCGUUGUAAUAUUCUGAUCUGAAAAUGAAACGAUUCAAUCUAGAGCUUCUUGAGCAGUAAGAGUGAAUCACCACUAGUACUUCUUCAACACAAGAGCGAGAACAAGAAUAGCAAGAACAACAACAACAAACAGAUUCUACAAAGUUUGGCUUGUUUGAGGUUCUGGUUUUAGUAACCCUACUGUGGAGUCUUUAGAUCUUUGGCUCAGAUCAAGAAUUGCGGUUUGCUGUGUGUGGUGCGAUCUUUGUGUGAUUCUUGUUUGUGAUUUCAUGGACCACUCAUACCAAAGCAUGGAAAAUAUGGAGCUCUUUGACGCUUCUUGCCUUCUUUAACUGUUAUUACAACACCUACUUCAUUAAUAUCUGCUACUUGCUUCUUGAGUGAGGGUUUAGCUAUGGGCUUUUUGUUGCUUGGCUUGAUUCGGCCAGUGAUGAAGCGAAGAGCAGGCCUAUGGAUAACACAAGCGGGACGGGGUUCAUAUCGGGGCAGCUAGAAAGGGUUGUAUUACGAACUGGUACUAGGAUUUUGUGUUUUUUCCUCUAAAUUCUUCAACAGAUGGAGACUAGUGCUUUAAGGCAGUUGCUUAAGAGCUUUUGCAACAAUUCGCAUUGGAAAUAUGCAGUCUUUUGGAGACUUAAGCACCAGAACCCAAUGCUUUUGACAUGGGAAGAUGGGUAUUGUGAUUAUCCAAAUCCAAGAGAACCUGUGGAAAGCAUAUCAGAUGAUAUUUACUUGAACAAUGCAAAUGAUAUAUCUUCUUUAAACUGUGAAAUAGAUGGAUUCAAUGGAAGUUAUCGAUAUCCAGUGGAACUAGCAGUGGCUAAUAUGUCAUGUCUUCAGUAUGCAUUUGGAGAGGGGGUUGUUGGUGAAGUGGCAAACACAGGAAACCACUGCUGGGUCUUCACUGAUGACAUUUUUGCCAGCAGAUUCAACACUAUAGUCCCUGAGUGUCCAGAUGAAUGGCUACUCCAGUUUGUGGCAGGUAUUAAGACUGUACUGCUGGUGCCUGUUAUUCCACAUGGGGUUUUGCAACUUGGAUCAUUGGAGAAGGUUGCUGAAAAUGUGGCUGUUGUUGCUUGUAUUAAAGAUAGUUUUGACACCCUUCAAAAUGAAGUGGGGUUUUCAGUACCUUUCAUCUCAAACUGGAAUUGCCUACUCCACAAGGUUCUGUAUGAAGACUCAGAGGUGGUUGACAGUGUCAAGCCCAAAAAUAGCAAAUUGUUGAGCACAAAUCAAGCUAUACCACUUUUCACGGUUCAAGAUGCUCUUCAAGCAUUUGGAGAAGAUCUUCCAUUGAUUCAUGAAAGUGAAAGCAAAAAGGAGAUCAGUGUCUUUUCUGUGGGUUUAAAUGAAGUAUCAACUCUAAAAGGUCAGUGCAUAAAUAAUAGUCAAUGGGGGGUAAUAGAGAGUAACCUAUCCAGAUUUUCUUGUCUGGAAGAAGAAUUACAUGCUGUUUCUCAGUAUAACAACUACAAUUUGGAGGUUCUUGAAGAAUCUUCUGAAGGAAUUAUGAAGUCUUACUGUGCUGGAGGUUUGAUUGAGCCGUCAGUUGGAGACAAGGAUGCUAAUGAUACAGGCCAUAGAAGUACAGACAGUUUCUUCAGUUUUCCCUUAGACUGUGAACUGCACAAAGCACUUGGAUUGGCUAUGCAGAGACAAACUAGUGAUUAUAUUCGGGGAUCAUCUGAGGAUGCAUCUAGCACUGCAAAACCAAUUUGCAAUAGAGAUAUUGUUGAUGUUAUUGAGCCAUUGACCCAGGAAUCCAGUGGAUAUUUUGCCAAAGGAGGCGAUGCAGUGAAUCUCUUGGAAGAUGUAGUUGCCAACAUGCAUAGUGGCUCAGAUGAUACGUCAUCUCAUAGAUCCAAUAGUGUUAAGUCAUCUACAACCUUGUCAGGACAAUUUUCUACCUCCUCCCAUGUGGGUAAUCAAUCGGAAGGAAGUGCCUUGGUGCAAGAUGAUUCACUUCUGUGGAGCCAUGUGAAACCUGAAUUUGUUGCUAGCAGAGGAAAUGCUUUUACUAAUUCCUCGAUUUCGUCGUCUUCAUUUAAGAGCACAAUGACCACAUUGGUUGAUGAAGAGCAGCAGAAAAAGGGGUAUGGUUGCUUGCAGCCAAGGAAGGGCUCAAAGUUGUCUAAUGUGAACAAAAAAAGGGCUAGUCCUGGUAAUAACCAGAGGCCUAGACCGAGGGAUAGACAGAUGAUUCAGGAUCGAGUCAAGGAGCUGCGGGAACUUGUCCCAAAUGGUGCCAAGUGCAGCAUAGAUGGCCUGUUAGAUCGAACCAUAAAGCACAUGUUGUUUUUAAGAAAGACCACCGAUCAGGCUGCAAAAUUGAAGCAAAGGGUGCAUCAAGAGGCAGCUAGUCAGAAGUCUGAAAACAAAUGCAGUCAUCAGAAUGGGACAAGCUGGGCUUUUGAAUUGGGAAGUGAGCUUAAAGUAUGCCCCAUAGUUGUCGAAGAUCUUGAAUGCCCUGGGCACAUGCUCAUUGAGAUGCUAUGUAAUGAGCAUGGACUUUUCCUAGAGAUUGCACAGGUAAUUCGUGGAUUAGAGUUGACCAUCUUGAAGGGGGUGAUGGAAAGCCGUUGCGACAAUAUGUGGGCUCAGUUUAUCGUUGAGGUUUCUAGGGGCUUUCACAGAAUGGAUAUUUUCUGGCCUCUGAUGCAGCUUUUGCAGCAAAAUCAGAAUACCAUCUCAGGCAAGAGUUAAUUCUGUUAGGUAUUGACGGUGAAAAAUCCAAUGGCAUAUGACUGUUGAUUUUGGGUUUGUAGGGCAAACAUAUUACAAGAUAUUAGAGACGUUUAAUAGUUUUAUAUGUUUUGGCAGCUUCAGAUUGCAAGGAAUGUAAUUAAUUUGUAGUGUGUUAUAACGGCUGUGUGAAUUGUAUUGAAAAAAGGGCUAAACUUCGCUUUG